CCUCCUGCUCUCUGUCGGUGAUGCUCGGAGCAGCUGGACGUGAUGCUGAUGAAGUGGAUGGAAGAUUUAUGAUUCACUGGAGAGUCCGGACCUUCCAUCGCUGCGCUCCGAGGACUCUACUGACUCUUAACUGACACAACGAGGAGAAAAGAGGCAGAGACGCGCGUAAUUCCUCCGUGCGUCCCCGCCGCGCCAUGCCUCUCCUCCUGCUGCUCCUCCUGCUGCUCCUCUGACCGCCUCCCGCCGCUUUCCCUCUUGGAUGAACUUUCUCGUCGCCUGCGGGGACGCGUCCGUUCGCUCCGGGAUCAUGAAGACGACGCGGAAGUGCCGCGCGCUGCUGUCGGUGGGUCUGAACCUGGUGGCCCUGUUCUUCUCCACCACCGCCUUCAUCACCACGUACUGGUGCGAGGGCACUCAGCGCGUGCCCAAGCCCAACUGCAGCAAGCAGCGGCGCCACAACUGCAUCGACUACGGCGUGAACGAGACGGACCAGAACAAGGUGCAUUACAGCUGGGAGACCGGGGACGACCGCUUCCUCUUCCGCCGCUUCCACACCGGCAUCUGGUACUCCUGCGAGGAGAACAUCCACGAGGCAGGUGAGAAGUGUCGGAGCUUCAUUGAUCUAGCCCCGGCGUCGGAGAGAGGUGUGUUGUGGUUGUCGGUGGUGUCUGAGGUGCUCUACAUCCUGCUGCUGGUGGUAGGUUUCAGCCUGAUGUGUCUCGAGCUCUUCCACUCCAGCAACGUCAUUGACGGACUCAAACUCAACGCCUUUGCCGCUGUCUUCACCGUGCUGUCGGGUCUUCUGGGUAUGGUGGCCCACAUGAUGUACACUCAGGUGUUCCAGAUCACAGUCAGUCUGGGUCCUGAGGACUGGAGGCCUCACAGCUGGGACUACGGCUGGUCCUUCUGCAUGGCGUGGGGUUCCUUCACUUGCUGCAUGGCGGCGUCUGUCACUACCCUCAACUCCUACACCAAGACGGUGAUUGAGUUCAGACACAAGCGGAAGCUGUUCGAGCAGGGCCUGCGCGAGGAGCAGAACUACCUGGACCAGGAAGCCUUUCACUACUUCCGGGACCGUUCCCUGCAGUCCAUCUCCAGCACGGUGGAGGUCUACCCGGGCCACGGCGGGAACAGAGCCGGGCUCGUCGUGGGGGGCCCCGGGCCUGGGCCUGGGCCGGGUCCGGGCCCCGGUCCAGGUCCAGGACGGGGCAAGAUGAGAGCCACGUCGGCCUCCAUAGACCUGGGGGAGAACACAGACUCGCUGGGGGAGGAGCAGUGCUGAGGGGAAUCUGAGGGUCAAACUGUGAACCUUUGGGUCUGAACUGACCGCCAACACGAAAGCACAGCAGCCCAUACUUUCUGUUUGAAGAAGAAUUGGACAAGAAGAGCCGGACUUAGUGAGAUAUAUUUAAAAAAAAAAAAAAAGAAAUUAGGUGGAUGUGUUCUUUAUAUAUUAAAUGAAACUCAAUAUAAACAGACUGAGAUCUUUGUGGAUGGAAAGCAGAUGUUCUCCAGCAUAUUUCAAGGUGCUAUGUGUAGUAUUUUAACAAAGAAAAUAUUAAUGUUGGUAAAAAAGCAAGAUUACUGUUUGCAAGUUCUGUGGAAAAUACUAAAUAAUGGUGAAUGGUGACGAAAAAGCACAAAUGGAGUCAACAUUACUGUCAGUUACACAGAAUGUUUUCUUGAAGAGUUCAAAUCCCUGAAAAUACUGAACUAAGUUGGGCUGUUUUAUUGGUCAUAAAUUAAUGUUAUACCUAACAAAAGGUAUAUAUUAUAUUUAAUUCAUAGUUAUAUUUCAGAAAGUGCAAACUAAAAACUAAAGACAUCAUUAGAAGAGAGUGUAGGUAGAUGUCUCGGAUAAGAGAAACCAACAGUUGCUGUUACGGUGGAACAACUUUUGUUAAAAUCCUGAAGAAAUGUGAGGUAAAUGGAGCGGGAGCUAAACCAGAUAUAACAUCAGGACUUUGACCUUCUAUGUAAAGCUUCUUUCCCAUAUGAACUGAGAGAAUAACAAUCAGGUCCUGAUACUGGACCUGAUGAAUGUUUUGUUAUUUUCCUCUUAUUUUUGUUCUUCAACA